UUGUAUGGGUUUUAACGGUUUUGGUGUUCACUUACACCCCUAAUUUUGAAGCUUUUCAAGGAAACCAACAUUGAAACGGCGUCGUUAAAGGACUUCAUUUUGACCACACCAUAUCAAGGCACGGAGGACAUCCAUUUUGCUUUACCUGCAUAGAUCGCCGGCGAUCAACCCAGAACUCCGGUCAGCGGUCCGUUGUGAAUUGUCGCAGCACUAUCAACGGAGAUCAUGACUACCGAUGCUUUUCCUCCGGUCAUAGCUGCGCAGAUCAAUUAUUUGCUUUCUCAUUCUCCUCUUUCCAUUAAGAUUGAUCAGAUGUGGGCUGGUUGCAAGUACUCUGGUUUGCUGGAUCGCUUCUCUUUGCUCAUUCCCUUCUGUUUAGAUUUCAUCAAAUGGGAUGUCAUAUAUAAUGCGCAGUGUCCAUUGGCUGCUCCAGAUGUCAUAUUUGGACCUGAAGAUGAAAAUUUUCAUCCAUUUUGUGUGACUGGUGAUGAAGGGGAUUUUAAGUUGUCAAAGAACAGUUUGUCUGAUUGGAAUAGCAAGGACCCUUCAGGGUUACUGACUCUUAUUCAUGAACUGAGGGAUCUAUACUUGUCCUACCAGAAGAAGCGCAUUGGAGAAGUUGAUGAUGAUAGACUGAAAUUUGAAAUUAGCACAAUUGUAUCAAGGGAGGGAAUCGAAAUGUACAUGAGUUCGGGUGUUGAAAAGCCAGAGGAAGUAAAAUUUUCAGUGCCUCUUUUGGACAUGGAUAUAAAUAAAAUGGUAUUUGGUUGCAACUGGAGACAUCAGCAGAAGAUAUACUUACAGGUUAUAUUUCCUGUUGGAAGAAAAUAUGUGUCUGCCCCUUCAGCUCCACGUUUAAAAUUAGUAUCUUCUCCUGAAUUGAAGGUUCUCUUUCCUAUUGAAGAUGUCAAGCUUCCUCCAUGGUUGGAUGGGAUGUGCAUGGCUGAAUAUCUUCCCAAUUUAGAAGAAACACUUGAGAGACAGAUCUUGGAUGCAGUUUCAUUAAUUGAUGUUAGAAGACACUUUAUUGAGGCAUUGGCACCCGUAUUUGGAAGGCCAUUAGAAGCUGAUCCGGUGUUUUGCAGAAAAGUUACAUUUCUUGCUGCAUCUGGGGUGUUUACAUGUCUGGUGCAUUUUUUCCUUCCAACGCAGUUCCCAAAGCAACAGCCAGUUUUGAUGCUUCAAAGUUCUCAGCAUUUCAAUUCCCAAGGUGCACCAAUCAAAUCACAUCUUUUGACAGAGUAUCCGUGGAGUCCUAGAUGGGAAUCAUCACAAAUGGCUGAGCGAAUCUUAGAGUUUCUGGUGGAUGAAUGUUUGAACUUCAAAAAGUUCUGCAAUGAGGCUCAACUUUAGCAGCACUACUGCAGUGGCUUCACUUGUAAUGUUUCUUCUGCCAUCCUAUAUAGUAUAGCAAUCGUGUAAAGUUGGCUUCAAUUUAUACUUUUUGUUGUUGUUCUUUCAUAUGACUGAACUUUUUUUUUUUUUUUUUUUAUAUGACUGGAUUAAAAUGAUUUCCCCUUGUGAGAGCUUUUCAGUUCCAACGUUUGGUUGAGGGAAAUGAAAAAAAGACUGAAAUUAUAUGCUCCUAA